ACCAGAACAUAACCUCGAUUCCCCUCAUCAACAAAUAAUAGUGAAAAUUAAUACAUUUUAUUAGUAACAGCAAUUAAAAGGAUAUUUAUAUUAAAUACCGAUAAUAAACUAAUCAAAUGGCAAAUAAAAAACAGUAUGGAUUAUCAUUCCCUACUAAAAAGCCACUUUCUACUCCAAAAGUAGGAAAUGUAUUUGGUAAUGAUGAUGAUUCUGAAGAGGAAGAAGGAACUGAUUGGGUAAAAAAAGCCUUAAAAGCAGAAAAUGAAAAAAAUAAAAUAAAGAAACAAACCAAAUUAGACAUGCAGAAAGCAUUGAAAGAAGAUCCAACAAUAUUUCAAUAUGAUGAAGUUUAUGAUGAAAUGGAACGCACUAAAGAACAAGAAAAGUCUGUGAAUAAAAUAGAAAGAAAAGCUAAAUAUAUCGAUAAUUUAAUUAAGAGUGCAGAAUUGAGAAAGAAAGAACAAGAAUUACGAAAAGAUAGAAUGAUUCAAAAAGAAAUUGAAGAGGAAGAGGCAAUGUUUCCAGACAAAGAAAGAUAUGUAACAUCAAGUUACAAAGCAAAAUUAGAAGAGAUGAAGAAAUUUGAAGAAGAACAAAAGAAUCAAGAUAGACUAGAAAGUAUAGGUGAUGUUACUAAACAAAAAGAUAUAUCAGGAUUUUACAGACAUCUGUUUCGACAAAAAGUUGAAAGAAAUGAGGCAGAUCUUGGUAUUAUUAAAACUAAACCAGAAGGUACAGAGAAUAGUCACAGUAAAGUAAAAAUAGAAUCUAAUAUUGAUCAAGAUGAUCCAAUCUUAUCAAAUUCAGAUUCUGAAAAUGAAGACAAUAAAUCAGAGAAUGAGAAAACAACAAAAUUGAUAAAGGCAGGAAGCUCUAAAAGAAAAAGACAAUAUCGACAAAAGGUCCAAGAAGUUUCUGAAUCAGAAUCUGAAUCAGAUCAGGAAAUUGAAAAAUCAAGUGAAAAGAUUGAUGGUUCUAAUAAGAAAAGUGGAGUAGAAGACAAAUCAGAAUCUCCUUCAAAAAAACCAAGAACUGAUGUCUUAAUUGCUAAUGAUAAAGAAGACAAAGAAAAUAUAGUUGAAUUAAAUGAAAAUGUGAAAAAAGCAAGUGAUAAUGAAAUAAAAACAGAUAGUAAAGAAUCUACAAAGAAUAAUAGUGAAACCAACGUGGAAGAAAUAAAAAAGAAAAAAAUUAAUAUAUAUGAAAAAAGAACUAUUGGUCCUCUAUUUGAAGCAGCAUUGCAAAGAUAUUUGUUAAGGAAACAAGAGCGCUAUGGAUCUUUGUAAAAAAUGUGAUAUAAUGUAAUAUCAUUGGAUUAUUUUGUAAAUAGUAGUUAUGAAUAAGUUAAACUGGGAGAGUGAAAACAAAGUAUUAAACAUUGAUGUUACUUUGAUAAAAAUAUUGGAAAAUAAUAUAA